UUGAGCUGGAACUCCACCCAUCAUGGAAGUCAGGAGGCCGUCCGCCCGCUACGGCGACACUCCGACGCGGACCUACCAACGGACCUACAAAGCCUGUCUCUCGUGUCGGCAACGCAAGGCCAAAUGCAACCUCGGAACCGACCAGGACGGCUUUCCGAUAGGGCCUCCCUGCGCGAAAUGUCGAAGGGAACAGAGGGAGUGCAUCUUCAGUGAGAAGCGGGCGUGGGAAAGAAGCAAUAAACGCGGUCUUUCGGAAGAUGCACCCAUGCCGUCGCCAAGUACACGUCGCAGGUUUUCGGACCAUACCAGACAGGACCGGGAGCGACCCGAUGACGUUUUGAAAGUUGGCGCUGACAGCCCCUUUGGUAAUGGCAGCAUGCCUGAGAAUGAAAGCGGGGGAUCGCAUACGAUUCACACUUCCGAAACACAGGCUGGGCGCCGCGAUCUUACUCAUGAUGUGCUACAAGUGUUUGAUGAUCGUACCAUGGACAAUAGCACUACUGGUAGAAGUAACAGCUCGCUUCAGUCGCAACCGUUUGAUAUCCGACGGACUCGGCGUCGAAGCGUGCCAGAGGAUGUCUUACAAGUUUUUGACGAAAGAGUAGGUAGCGAAGGCACUGAACCACAACACGACAGUAGGAGAUCGCAUCACUCUUCUGUUCCUGAAAUAUACGCAAACCGGACACGGAAAUUGCCGAAUAACAUGCCGCAAGGGAUGGAGCAGCGUCCAGGCGGGGAUAACAGCAACCAUGCAGAUGGUGACAGAAGCUUCCACCACUCUUAUGACACUGAGGCGCGCUCGAGCCAGCACCCAGCAACGUCGAAUCUGGCGAAUUCAAUGAUGCGGACCGUGGUCUCGAGUGGAAAUGAUGCUUUGAAUAUUCUUUUUGAGGCCGCCGUAGCCCACAGCCAGGAGAAUAUGGCUAAUGAGUUUCAGUCGCAAUCACAAACUACACAGGAGAAUGCCUCGCAUGGCAUAGGCGUGGACAGUAGUACCAUGAACCCGCCGCAGUUCAAGUACCCUGCGGAAGCCUUGGCCAAGGCGAAGCGCCCGGUACAGCUUUCGCCUGCAUCGGAAGAGGUGCUCAAGGUCUGGGAGACCUGCCGAUUCGUCAGAAUGGGGUGGUUCACAUCAAGAGAAGCAGUGACCUUGAUUGACCUGUUCUUCAAGAACAUGGUUCCUCUAUCCCCAAUCUUGACCAACUUCUAUGCCGAUCAUGGUAACCACCAACAUCUAAUUACUUGUGAUCCGGCUUUGUGUUGCGCUAUAUUGAUGCUAUCGUCUCGGUAUCAUGUGUUGCCCGGGGCUGGAGGCGAGUCCCGGAACUUCUUUAUUCACCACCGUCUGUGGCAGCAUUGCCAACAUCUCGUGAUGCGACUGGUAUUCGGGCAGGAAAGAUCGUCGCAUGCGAAAAAUAGAAGCAUUGGGACCAUUGAAGCACUGCUCUUGAUGUCGGAAUGGCAUCCCCGGUCCUUGCACUUCCCACCUGGAAGUGACGGUUGGGACUCAGACUUGGUUCUGGUCCCUGGGCCUCAGAAUCAAGAUGAUUCCUCGUCAAACCGAUGGCUGGAAGACAUAGUCGAGCCUGCCAGAAGAUCAGAUCAGAUGUCCUGGAUGUUACUGGGAUCCGCGCUGUCGCUAGCACACGAGUUGGGGAUCUUCGAACUCGAUGAUAAGAAAUGCGACUAUGCGUCAUUAUAUGAGGGUUUUAUCUCAAAUGAUCAGAUCAAGCUGCGCAGACUUCGAGUGCAGCGCCUUCUAUACGUCUACAUUAAUCAGCUGGCUUGGCGGAUUGGAUGUGUUUCACUCAUGCCGCAGAGCUUGAAUCAUACGAUACUCGGUCGGCAGACGACUAGAGAUGUGAGCCAUUCAGAAGAUGAAUGGUUGGCGCUGAUGGACUCUUGGAUGGAUCUCACAAAAUUGGCCAAGAAUGUGACGGAUAUGUUCUUCCCUUCGAUAACGUUCGCGAGGCAACAGCUGCACAGUGGGCGCUAUAUCGACUUGCUAGACCACUUCUGCCCUCUUCUGCAGAAAUGGAAGGAGCAGCAUCUUCGGCAUGACGUGCUUAGCAAACAUUUCUACGACAUUCUCUUCAUUGAAUACAACUUCGUGCGGGUCUACACGCACUCAGUGGGGAUGCAGGCAGUUGUGGAGCGCAUAGUUGCGGACAACGACGCGAACGUGGAAGAAGUCCGCGCUAUGCAUAUCGAUCCCAUUGACUACAACUAUAUUCAGGAAGUGAUUGAUGGAUGCUGUAAAAUUCUGCAGAAGGUCAUCGAACUUGGUGACUCAGGAGCUCUGCGGUUCUCUCCGGUCCGAAUCUUCUUGAGAAUCACCAGUUCCUCUAUCUUUCUGAUGAAAGCCCUAAGUCUAGGCACUCGUCCAGCAAGACUGCGCGAGUCACUAGAUAUACUGGAGCGCUGCGUCCAGGUGCUGAAGUCGAAUGCUCUUGACGAUAUCCACCUGAGCACCCGAUACGCCGAAUUGCUGGAAAUGCACGUGUCGCGCCUGCGUCGAAACCUGCUUGCAUCUUCCAAAUCUGCUAAGAACAGUCAUGGAACCACGACUCGCAACUCAAUGGUUCCUCAACAGAGCACAGAAAGUGACAAUCCUGCCCCCAUGGCCGAGACCCCUGUGUCGCAGAGCCUGGCGGACGUGAGCCUGUUUCCCCAGCUCAACGAUAUCGCCGGGGAUGAUUGGCUUUCUCUACCAUUUGAUCCGUCGAUGGCACCCUUUGGAAUCAAUAGUUGUGGGCAAUUUCCUGCUUAUGGAGGAGGAGCGUUGAACUUCAUCUGGAACUUGCCAUCGUAGUUGAUGCCAUCUAUUUUGAGGCUGGACCCACUUCCUGUACUAUGUACUGAAGAAUAAAACUUUAUCAUGCAUUAUCUUGCUUAGCGAGCUCACUUUGUUGAUUCAAAUAUGCCGCAGAUAUGUAGUGCCUCCAUGGUUGUGAAGUAUGAGCGGAAAGCUCAACGCUAUGCAUAGGCUGAGCGACGGAUUGCGUUGACUUGACGUGGAGCUUUGUAAGGCCAAACAUGGCAAAUGUAGCGCACAUCUCCAGCCUGUUGUAAGGUAGACAACACAAAGGAAGAAUGUAUAGCACACUCGCUAGC